AUGAGCUUCAACAUCUUGCUAUCUAUGCCAGUUGUUCUGGGAUGCUGUGGAGUCUUGCUUCUCUAUUACAUUGUCACAGGAAUCGCCUCUUAUCGUCAUCUCAGCCACAUCCCAGGUCCUAUCCUCUGGGGUUGGUCCCUCAUCCCCCUCUUCCGUCUCCCUAACUCAGGAGAAAUCUACAAUAGAACUGGCGAACUUCAUGCUAAAUAUGGCCCGUUGGUUCGAAUUGGACCAAAUUAUCUUCUCGCUUCAGAUCCAGAGGUUCAUAGACGGAUGGCAGCGCCUCGGUCUCCCUACAAGCGCUCAAGCUGGUAUCGUGGUACUCGCUUAACUCCAGGUGUUGAUAACGUGUUAUCCGAAACUGACGAACAUCGUCAUAAUGAUCUUCGGAAACGGAUGGCUGCCGGCUACUCGGGCAAGGAAAAUGCAAGCUUGGAGGCUGACAUCGACGGAUGUGUCAUAGAUUUUAUGCACCUGAUCGAUAGCAGAUAUGUCUCAAAAGAUCGUCCUGUUCGAAUGGAGUUCGCGAGAAUGGUUCAAUUCUUCACAAGCGAUGUCAUGUCUACGCUCUCAUUCAAUGCUAAAUUCCACGAUCUUCGCGAUGACCAUGACAACUACGGAUAUAUCCAUGAGGUGGAAACGCUGUACCCAAACAUCUUCGGCGCCGCAGUCAUUCCCAACGUGAUUGAAUUCCUGACCAACCUGGGAGUGCUUGACCUGAUCACUCCCAACGAAAAUAGCAAACUGGGGCUAGGAAGGAUUCAAUCCAUCGUCAAAACGCAAAUAGCUUCAAGAUUUGAUUCGGCAGGACUGCCGAAAGACGGUCAGCAAGAUAUGCUUGGAAGUUUUAUCAGGCAUGGCUUGACGAGAAGGGAACUUGAGCAGGAAAGCAUGAUGCAAUUGGCUGCUGGUUCAGACACUUCGGCAACAGCCAUCCGUGCAACGGUGCUAUGUAUCAUGAGAGACCAAAGGGUGUAUGCGAAACUCAUCGCUGAGAUCAAUCAAGGCAUAAAGGAACAUAAGAUCCCGUCGGGGCUGGGAGACGUCGUUUCCGACGAACAAGCAAAAUCAUUUCCAUACCUUCAAGCAGUGAUAAAGGAGGGUUUCCCCCCCAUCACCGGACUGCUGGCAAAACAGGUUCCCCCCGGAGGCGACACGAUUACCGGUUAUUUCGUGCCCGAAGGAACUGCAAUCACCUACUCAGCAAAUGCAAUGCACCAUUCUGCACUCCUUUUUGGCCCUGACGAAUAUUCUUUUCGACCGGAACGUUGGAUUCACGUUUCGGAAGGCGGUGAUGAGCCCUCAAGAGAGAAACUCGCACGGAUGGAGCGAAACAAUGACCUCCUUUUCGGAUACGGUAAAUAUCAGUGUCUGGGUAAGGCGGUGGCGUUUAUGGAAUUGAACAAGAUCUUUGUCGAAUUACUUCGGAGGUUCGAGUUCACGCUCCUGGACCCCGAGAAGCCGUGGAAGACGAGGUGCUAUGGGAUCCAUUUGCAAGAGGGUCUUUGGGUCAUGGUGAGGAGAAGAGGAACAUAA